GGUGCACCUGGUGGGCCGAGGCCCGGCGGCGGCCAGGGCGGGCGGGCGACAUGCAGCGGGACAGCGGCCAGGCUGCGGAAUUCCUUUUGCCACCUCCAAAUGGGACGGGCAGCCUAUUACCUGGGAGCUCUGUGAUCCAGACCUACUGCCGGGACCUGGCAUCUCUGCCCACGCAGCACAUUAGGCUGACUGACCCGGGGGACCCAAAGGAGCAGGACUCAGAGGAACCAAAGAAAAGGAAAGGAGGCUGGCCUAAAGGCAAGAAAAGGAAACCCCCGAGGGAUCUUGCUGUUCCCCGUGCUCCUACGACAGGUUACGUGAUUUUCCUGAACGAACAGAGGAGCCGGCUGAGGGCCCAGCACCCCAAUCUGCCUUUCCCGGAAAUCACGAAGAUGCUGGCUGCUCAGUGGGCUCAGCUGCCACAAGAGAAAAAGCAAAGGUAUGUUUGUGAGGCGGAUGAAGACAAGCAGCGCUACAUCCGCGAGCUGCAGGCCUACCAGAACUCUGAGGCUUACCGAGCCUUCCAGCGCAGGCGGGCAGCGCAAAAGGUGCAGGCGCGGUGCGGAACAGGUGCACCAGGACAUGAAUUUGAGGGCAAGGACCUUGACUUCUCGGCAGUUGAUGGCGAUGAGAACAAUGACCUGUACUGUCGGACCUGCAGGCAGUUCUUCAGUUCCCUGCAUAACAAGAGGGAGCACCUGCUGGGGAAGCAGCACCUGCAGAACCUCACAGGGGAAUUUGAAAAAGACUCUGCUGAGUGCUUGAAGCAUCUGGAGCUUCUGGAGGGAGAGGAAGGUCAGAAUUUGAACAAACGGGACUCAGAGGAGGAAGCUGAGUAUCCUGACCCGCUUCUUCUUGGAGGCCUGAUUCCAGAGAAGGGUUUUGCUUCAUUUGACUUGUGUUUCUUGCAAGGGUUCAUCUUUAAACUUCUGCAAAUCAAAGAAUCUGAGCUCAGAGAGCUGAGGAAGACUCUAGAAAGGGCGCAAGCAGAGCAGGAGGCCCUGCAGAGGCAGCUGCUGGAGUUCCAGAACCGACAGCAGUGGCUGGAGGUGGAGCUGGCCAGCCUGAAGACCUAUGGGGUCGUCCUGGAGAAGGAGUUUGAGAGCCUGAACAUGGUCAUCAUGCUGCCCCACUUUGGCCUGCGAGUAAUGGACACAGCAUAAAGCAGUACCCACCUUUCACCAGUGGGGACCCCAGGAUGCAUCCCGGGCGCACAGAGGUCAGCUUCCAAAGGGCCAUCUCCCUCGGUGGAAGAAGAGUGGAGGAUCCUGGGCCCCUGAGGAUGGGGCAGCAAGGAUGAGUCAGGAGAGCCAUCUGCUCUACUGACCCAGGAGAAAAUAAA